UGCAUUCACUAUAUCUGGUCUCCCGGGACCCUGCAUUCGCUAUAUCUGGUCUCCCAGGACCCUGCAUUCACUAUAUCUGGUCUCCCCGGACCCUGCAUUCACUAUAUCUGGUCUCCCCCGGACCCUGCAUUCACUAUAUCUGGUCUCCCCCGGACCCUGCAUUCACUAUAUCUGGUCUCCCCCGAGGACCCUGCAUUCACUAUAUCUGGUCUCCCCGGACCCUGCAUUCACUAUAUCUGGUCUCCCCGGACCCUGCAAUCACUAUAUCUGGUCUCCCCGGACCCUGCAUUCACUAUAUCUGGUCUCCCCCGGACCCUGCAUUCACUAUAUCUGGUCUCCCCCGGACCCUGCAUUCACUAUAUCUGGUCUCCCCCGGACCCUGCAUUCACUAUAUCUGGUCUCCCCCGGACCCUGCAUUCACUAUAUCUGGUCUCCCCCGGACCCUGCAAUCACUAUAUCUGGUCUCCCCCGACCCUGCAUUCACUAUAUCUGGUCUCCCACAGUACACACAACAUG